AUGCAAUUAAUUCCCCGUCAACAUACACAUGGUAUGAGAUUUUUCAUUCAAUCUUUCGGGUAGAGAUUCACGAAGCUCCUACUGUCGAGCCCAAAUUCGUUAAAGAGUCUCUAAAGAUGAGCCGAGGCCCAAAGUCAGUGAGUGGGCCCAAAAUACAACACGAAACUCCCCCGUUUAUCCAUUUCUCCCGAAGAAGAAAAAAGGCGGGAAAAGUAGCAAAAGUCGUGCUGUGCUUCUUCAACCUGAUCCAUUUUUCCCCCAGCAAUUUCCAAUCUGCUUGACUUUACUUUCCCCGCAGCAACUCUGGCUGUUUCCCCCAUCUCUCAAAAUCCGAUCCCUAACUUUCGUGUUCUCUCUUUCUCCCCACAAUCAGUUUCCUUGCUUCCAUGGAUGGCGAAUCUCCUCUACCACUAGUCCCCUCGAAUCCUGACCGAUCGACGACUCUUCUUCCGCCAGUCUCUCGCGCUGAACAUCGCUCGAACACAAGAGCUUCAUGCUAUCCUCUAGUCUACUCUGGCGGCGUCAGAGUUUCAAGAAUAAGCACGAGGUGUUUGUGAGCUUCAGCGGAGAAAGACAAUCGCAGGGGAUUUCUGUCCUUCUACAAGGACGAAAUCAGAAUCUAGGGUUUCAGAAUCGCGGUCUUCGUGAUCUACGCCGAUUCCACCUGGUGUCUCGACGAGCCUGCUUCACAUCCUCCGUCGCGGGAAAUCGAGAAGCCUUACGAGUCAUUCCGAUUUUCUUCGAUGUGGAUCCAAUCUGAUUUCAGGAAACAGAAGAGAGGAAGAAGUCAUAAGCUCCGCCGAAGUCUUCGUCUGCGACGAUAAGGUGCGGAGGAGAUCGGAGAGAUGAUACUUUUGACGGAAGUCGCUAAUCUCCCGGAUUCGCCACCGUUCACUACGGAAACGACUCCAUGGAACGAAUUGAGAGACUCUGCUACUACUACAUAUCCAAGCAUCACCAGCAACAUUAAUCCUCUAGUUGGAAUGGAGGGACGUGCAAUUGCAGUGAUCAGCUUUCUGUGUCUAUAUGCUACUCCGGAUUCCAUCAAUGGCAAUGAUGUUCGUAUGAUUGGAAUCUAUGGCCCAUCCGGCAGCGGGAAAGCCACCGUCGCCAUGGCCGUUUACAACGCAAUUCUCUCGUCCAGCACUUACAUUGCCAGCCUCGGGGAAAGCCUCCACAACACGGAUAAGGCUGUUUCGAUUGCAGAGAAGCAGCUGGCCUACGAAAUUGAUGGUGAAGGUCCUGAAGGAGUACAGUACUCUGUCCACUCUCAGCACCUAUAGUUCCAAAUCAACCUGCUGCUUGCUCCGGCUUGCAAGGUGUACGGCUCCGGCGAGAGCUUGAAGUGUUAACAAUGCGAUCUCCGGCUGCAUCAUGAAUUUCUUUUGGUCCUCCACGUUUAAGAGCCUCAUCCCCCUCAACAUGGAGAGCUAACUCUGUUUCUCUUCCGGAACAGGUGUGUACCGCAUCAAUAUCACUAGUUGCGUCUUUUCCCCCUAUUUACGCAAUUAGUUGAUCAGUUGUCGAUUAGUGAUAGUUUGGAGAAUAAUUGGGAUUAGAGGGAAGUCUUUUGCUUUAUAACUAUUGUGAUUUGGUUAGGAAGAUCAUUAGCUAAAAUCUCAUAAUUUUCUCUAAUCGAACCAGAUUAGCGGCUGAUUCAGUAGAACUACCAACCUAGUUACAGCGGCGGUUCAGUUUAUUCGUUUGGACGAUUAGAGACGGAACAAACGGUUUUUUAACGGUUUGAUAUAAAAGUAGAUGCACCACUCCGGUUUGACUAGUCCGCUGGUUCAAUAUUUUAUCCAUACAAAAGAAUUCUUUAAUGCAAAAGAAUUCUUUAUGUUGUCCAAUAUGAACUGCCAGUCUGCCACCCUUAUUACUAACUUGAAUUUAGUAAAAAAAAAUAUUAUUUCUUUUGUGAGAUAGUUUGAAUGAUAUGUUAGAACAUUCAGUGAUGGAUGAUAUAAAUUUGAAAUUGUUUUAUGGUUAGGUUCUCAAUUAGUGUAUUAUACAUGUCUUUCGCGCGUGAAUGGUUAUCAACGGUUAACCAACAGGUUUGUUAUAGUUAACUGCUGAAUUAUAACCAUUAACAUUUUUGGUUUAGCAUCAUCCGGUCCGAAUCUGAAAAUAUAGUUGUACUUAUCAUUUGUAUAUUUUAAUUUCUCCAUAAAUCCCUCUUCUUCUUCCUCAUUCAGUCAUUCUUAAUCUUCCUUCCCAAUCUCCAAGCCUUUCUUAAUUCAACCUAAAUCACAAACACUAAGUAGUAUACUGCACAUUUUAGUUUUUAUUGCCGUAUGAAUAAAUUAUUAUAAACACGUUUACGCACAUGAAUAACGUCAGUCAAUGGUUGGUGGAGGUAAAAUAACGUCACUCAUGGCAGGAGACCUGGUUUUGACUCCACCACCAUGGUUGUCACGCAGGCCGGCGUGCCACCGGUUGUACUGGGUUCAACUGGUACCGGUCAUAAAAUCGGUGUGACACCACCGGUAUGACCGGCAUGAUCGAUAUACGAAUCUCUAAGUAAAAUGACUUUAUUUUAGAGAAUUUAAUUAAUAAAAUUUAUUUUAUUAUUUAUUUUAUGAGUAUAAAAGUUAAAUAUUGAU